CCUGGCCACUGGCUCUCAGGUCGGGUUCACAUUCGGGUCCUUCUUAAUGUCCGAGAAGUCAAUCAUUCUACACAUAUCAACGAACCAUCUGGCGUUCGGAGCCCACGGUCGACACAAAACACGAUCCACCGUCCGAGAUGAUGGCGAGCGUCAAACAAUAGCAUUGAUGUCUCAUGCUAUAUAACAGUAGGCUCCAUUGGUAUUUCAUUGACUUAGCUGUCUUCCAUCACAAAAUCUAGUGUCUAUCUGAACAGAACUGUUGGAAACUCCCCACAGAUACUGUACUUUCUGAUCUAGUAAUUUCAUCUGCGCCCUGCAGUUCAACAUGUGCGCCUACAAACCGAGAAUCGCCCUUGUUGGUGGCGGUCCGGCCUCAUUAACAGUCGGAAACCUCCUGCACAAGCACAACAUCCCUUUCACAAUCUUCGAACUCCGGCCCCAGCCUACCGAGGAAGACCUUGCGAAACCAGUCGGCAUGCUCGACUUGCAUGAAGAGUCCGGGCUUGCGGCUCUCGAAGCAUGCGGUCUUUCAAAGGAAUUUCACUCACAUACGGGCGUCUGCAGCGAGUCGCAAAUCAUAGCUAACAAGGAGGGAGACGUCAUCUACACGGACGACGGAGGAGUUGCGACUCGUCCGGAAAUCUCGCGCAACUCGCUCACCAAGAUUCUGCUCGAUCGACUGCCCCCAGAUUCAGUCAAAUGGGAGCACAAGCUCAUUUCAGCCAGUCGGAUCACCUCCUCCUCGUCUGGGGACAUGGAGAUCGAGCUCGACUUCGACAAGCACGGCAAACACACCUUUGACUUUGUAAUCGGCGCAGACGGUACCUGGUCCCGUGUGCGCAACCUGUUGACCGACACGAAACCCAGUUAUGCCGGCUGGCAACUUAUCACGGUGACCAUCCGAGACGUUACGGUGAAAUACCCGGAAUUUGCACAGUAUAUCGGCACAGGAUCCUUCAUGUGCCUCGGCCAGAGACACGGGGUCUUAUCGCAGCGCGGGCUGCAGGAUUCGGCGCGGAUAUACGUCUGCCUAACAACGGCCGACGAGCACUUUGGUGACAAGCUGGGCCUCAACAACGGCACACCCGCCGAGGCUAUAAAUAAGCUACUAAACGACAACGCCCUUCUCGGACAAUUUGGUCCCAAAGUCAAGGACUUGGUGCGGAUCGCAUGCGACGAAGAGACCAAGGACAACCCGGACGCCAAACUGGGUAUUAUGCCGUUGUACAUGCUGCCCAUUGACCACAGCUGGGAGCACAAGACGGGCGCGACGGUCAUCGGCGAUGCGGCUCAUGUCAUGUGCCCAUGGGCCGCGGAAGGUGUAAACCUCGCCAUGCACGACGCGCUGGAUUUGUCCCAAGCUAUCAUCAAGGCGUCUGAGACUGUGCCAGAGGAUGCCGCUUCGUUUCAAAGACGUCUAGAUGUCCUGGUCGAGGAGUUCGAACGAGCUAUGGCGGAGCGAGCGAAAGAGAAGGCUGAGGAGACGUAUAACAAUGGACAGGUCAUGUUUAGUAGCGAGGAUGGCGCCACAGCUAUGGCUGAGUGGAUGACAAGCAUGAUGGCUAUGGUGAUGGCGCAGCAAGCCGAAGCCGGGGAGGCGAACGUGAAGGUCAUGCCUGAAUGAAAUUGUUGCAUGGUGGGCAUUUGCAGUUGCGGUGC